UUCUCCUGUUUUUGUUCUCUCCCCCUUCGACUGAGUUCCUAAUCCGUCACAGUCCGUUUCUCCGGUCAUCUCUUGCCGCCGGCGAUCUCCGACCACCGCCAUUGAUUCGAAUAACCGUUCUUUGAUUUUCUUCUGAUACUCGUUCUCGAAAAUCGUUCGAAAUCUAGGAAUCAGACCGAGAGUGAUCUGUGCCGAUCGUCGUCAACUAGUUCUGCUAAUCUUCAAGAAUGGCUGUUGUUGCUUCUGCUCCUGGGAAGGUGUUGAUGACUGGGGGUUACCUCGUACUCGAGAGGCCGAAUGCUGGGCUUGUGUUGAGCACAAAUGCACGAUUCUAUGCCAUUGUUAAGCCGCUCUAUGAAGAGGUGAAUCCUGAAAGUUGGGCAUGGUCGUGGACAGAUGUCAAAUUAACAUCACCACAGCUCUCAAGAGAAAGCAUGUAUAAGCUAUCACUUAAACAUUUGACCCUUCAGUCUGUAUCUGCAAGUGACUCGAGAAACCCCUUUGUAGAGCAUGCGGUGCAGUAUGCUGUAGCUGCUGCUCAUGUAGCUACUGACAGGAGCAAGAAAGACGCGCUGCAUAAUCUACUCUUGCAAGGUCUUGAUAUCACAAUCCUAGGCAGCAAUGACUUUUACUCGUACCGGAGUCAGAUUGAGUCGCGGGGGCUUCCUUUGACACCAGAAUCUUUGGCUACCCUUGCACCUUUUGCAUCAAUCACCUUCAAUGCAGAAGAAUCGGAUGGUGCUAAUUGCAAACCCGAAGUAGCAAAAACUGGCUUGGGUUCUUCUGCAGCUAUGACAACAGCUGUUGUUGCUGCUCUGUUGCACUAUCUUGGAGUGGUUGACCUAUUUGAACUAUGUAAAGAAGGAAAGCUGGGGUGUUCUGAUUUAGAUGUUAUCCAUAUGAUAACACAGACAGCCCAUUGUCUUGCACAAGGGAAAGUUGGAAGCGGAUUUGAUGUCAGCUGUGCUGUCUAUGGGAGUCAGCGUUAUGUUCGCUUCUCUCCGGAACUUUUGUCAUUUGCUCAGGUUGCGGCAAAUGGUCUGCCAUUACCUGAAGUAAUUGGUGAAAUUUUAAAAGGGAAAUGGGACCACGAGUUAUCGGAGUUCUCUUUACCACCACUGAUGAAUCUUUACCUUGGGGAACCUGGAAGUGGCGGAUCCUCCACUCCCUCGAUGGUCGGUGCUGUCAAAAAAUGGCAAAUGGCUGAUCCAGAGAAGUCGCAAGAAAUUUGGAAAAAGUUGUCAGAUGCAAAUUUGGAGCUUGAAACUACGCUAAACAUGCUGACUAAAUUAGCGAAAGACCAUUGGGAUGCUUAUAUUGGCAUCAUUAAGUCGUGUAGUAUGCUUACUUCAGAAAAGUGGAUGCUACAUGCGACUGAACCGAUUAAAGAGGUGAUUAUCAAGGCAUUGUUAGGGGCAAGAGAUGCUAUGUUGAUGAUCAGGAAUCUUAUGCGCAAGAUGGGUGAGGCUGCUGGUGUUCCUAUAGAGCCUGAAUCACAAGCUCAACUUUUGGAUGCUACAAUGAAUGCUGAAGGGGUUUUGCUGGCUGGUGUUCCUGGUGCUGGUGGAUUUGAUGCCAUAUUUGCCAUCACUUUAGGUGACUCUGGCAAUACGCUGACCAAGGCAUGGAGUUCAAAGAAUGUCCUUACCUUAUUGGUGAGAGAAUAUCCACAUGGUGUUUGCUUGGAAAGUGGCGAUCCACGUACAUCGGGAAUUACGUCAGGUGUUUUGUCAGUUCAUCUUGAGUAAGCCAACAUUUUUGGAGUAAGCCAACAUUCAUCAAGGUAUUUUGCACGUGAGUUGUAUAGACUCGGGUACUGAAUUUCUUGGCUAAAUUGCGUUCAUCUGGCGUUAUUGUAACUUGUUAGUUUUGUAACUCUUGGAAAACACUGGCUGAAAAAUAAAACAAUACCUAUUUAGAACAAUA